CACGAAUACGAGAGGCGCGAGCGUGCUUGCAACAUGAAUAUUUGACAGGUCCUCGCUACAAUAAUGUCAACAUGGCCACGGGCUUCUCCUAUUCACCCCUGCAGCCGGGGGAGAUCCGGGUUUUGAAGCCCGUGUUGUCUCGAGCAACAGCAACGGAGCAGCAGCAGCAGCCAUUGUCAUUUGAGAUCGUCCACGUCCCGCUCCUUUCGCAACCACCCUACGUGGCGCUGUCAUACACUUGGGGCGCACCGGACAGCAGACACCACGUUUGCCUGGACGGCCAGACAUUCCACGUCCGGAGAAACCUGCACGACGCGCUCCAGCAGAUCCAUCGCUCGAAGCUGGUCAGCAAGUACCUCUGGGUCGACGCGAUAUGCAUCAAUCAAGGGACGGAUGUGGAGGCGCUGGCGGAGCGCAGCAUUCAGAUCACGCAAAUGAGGCAGAUCUACGAGCAGGCCACGAAAGUGCUCGUCUGGUUGGGCACGCCCGCGAACGAGACCAACAACCAGCUCGCCUUCCCGAUGAUGCGGUACUUUGUGAAGCUGCACCGCGAAAGCAUCAGGAGAGCGCGCCCUUUCCGGCCAGCGUGGUGGCCGCGCAAGGUGCGCACCCACGGCGAAGAUGCCGCCGACUUUCUGCGCACGCUCCCCGUCGCGACCGAUAAGAGAAUCUUCGACGUGCAGGGCUCGCAGACGCACCGGGGCUGGCUGGGCAUCCUCGCCCUGUGGGAAAGUCCCUGGUGGACGCGCACCUGGGUCUUCCAGGAGGCUACGGUCCCGGAGCCCUACAAGCUGAGGUACAUCGCCGGCGUCGCCGUGCUGCCGCCGCCGUCCUACAAAGUGACCUUCCUCUGUGGCGACCAGCAGACCGGCUGGGCCGAGCUCGUCACCACGCGCAUGGUCGCGACGAGCAUCCUGUCGACGCCGGGGCUGGAGUCGGGCUUCCUCGCGGCCACCACGGUAGGAGCCCAAGACCGGGCGUCCAAGCUUAUGCGGUUUCGCGAGCGGCGGGUCCAGCACGCCACGGGCUCGUUCCUCGAGGUGCUGGACAUGUUUCGACACACCGAAUGCGCCGACCCCCGGGACAAGGUCUACGCGCCCAUGUACCUGGCCUCCGAUGACGUGCGCGACUAUAUUCGCCCCGACUACGCGGGCCAGACGGUGCUCGACGUGUACGUGGACGUCGUGCGAUACUGUCUCGCCCGGCGGGGCCACGAACUGGACUCCCUGGGCACCGUGCGGCCGUGUCAGGAGGCGGGCGGCGAGGUCGUGGCAACGCCCCAGGGUGUCACGUCGACGCUGCCGUCGUGGGUCCCCAACUUCGCCGCCAGCGCGAAGCUGGUCCCCAUCCCAAAGUCCCUCUACGUGCCGGAAAAGGUGGCCGAACGGGCCGUUACGUUCUACGACACGCGCGGCCUGCCCAACCACAACCUUGCCCGGGUCCCAUGCUAUCGCCCCUUGGACGAGGACACCGCGCCGUCGUCCACGAAACCUCGGCUCCAGGACGGUACCAACAGCACCACCCUCCUGGUCAGCGGCGUGCACGUCGACGUGCUCAAGGACAUCAUCCCCAACACGGGGCCGGACCUCGAGGCGGUGCGCAGCGUCGCGCGGACAAAGUCCCAGCGGUGGGCCACAGAGAUGGACUCCACGUACGCCGCCACGGGGGAGAGCUACGUCGACGCGCUCAACCGCACGCUCGCGCUCGACGUCGUCUACGACGAGCUGGGCCGCCCGUCGGAGCGCGGCGGCAAGCUCGACUUCGCCUUCAUGCGCCGGCCGCGCGCCGAGCUGUCGCUGACCGAGUACCGCUACCAGAUGAACAUGCGGGGCGCGCGGGACAACGCCUCGGUCGGCCGGGACAUUGGCCGCAGCGAGCGCGACUACCUGCUCAUGAUCCCCAACACCGCCGUCGUGGGAGACCACGUCUGGGCCUUGAGCGGCGGCAAGGUCUUGUAUCUGCUACGCCCCGUCGUGAACGUCGGCGGAGGCGCUGGCGCACCGGUUCCGAAUCGGUACAGGAUGGUCGGCGAAUGCUACGCGCACGGCCUGAUGGACGGGGAGAUCGCAAGGAGGGUGCACAUGGGCGAGGCCAGGUUUCAGGAUAUCUCCCUCGUCUGACCUCUGGACUUGUCUGCGGACGGCGUGCUUUAAGCAGUCGCGAGACUUGUUCAUGAUCUGCUGAAUGACCAUGGUGUGUAUAUAUAUACAUACAUACAUAGGAGCGACUAUACCACUGCUUGCGCCCGUGCUUUUGGCGCCAGCGUGGAUAUUAAUUAGACGAGGAAAG